UGCCUGUCUCAGUGUGUAUCAGAUGUUUGAGCCCCAACCGCAGCAGGAUCUUCUCACAGCACCUAUAGAUCUAGGCAGGAAGCUUCAUCACACAGCACUUUCAUUCAGGCCUGAACUUCUAGCUCACUUGAGGAGAAACAUCACCUCUCACUGGAGAUAAGCUUCAAAAGGCGACUCCGCGAGGAGCAUCUGGACCGGGUUGUUUUUUGAAGGCCUUUUGUUAGAUACCCACCACACAGAGGGGCUUCAGACCCAGCCGUACUGCACAGCACAUACCGGGUGGUCUUCAGCGUUGAAGGACGGCAGACUGGUAUCAAAGCCUGGUAAAGGAACAUGAGCCUGCAGAUCCUCUGACCUCCACCCAUAAGCGCUCUGGACUAGCAUGGGCAGUAGGCCCAGUAAAGGCCGGCGUGGAAGCAACUCUCAUGCUGUCCUGCUGAACCAGGAGGAGCCUGCUGAGCCCCACGCCAUGGAUAACGGCAGGUAUGUAGUGGUGGCCCUGUUUGACUACCCGUCAGGAGGUCCGUCGGAGUGCAGCAUUAGGAUUGGGGAGAGACUCAAUGUGCUGUCUGAUGAGGGAGAGUGGUGGAAAGUCAGUUCCUCAGCCACAGGAAACGAGAGCUACAUCCCCAGCAGCUACACAGCGAAAGUCUUCAACAGGUGGCAGUUUGUAGGACUCAGCAGACAAAAAGCAGAGGAACUGCUUCUUCUCCCUUAUAACCAGCCUGGCUCCUUUCUCAUCAGAGAGAGUGAGUCUGAACCUGGUGCUCACACUCUCUCAUUGCGCAAGAGCAGUAGACUGGAGCGGCAUUCAAUCAAACACUACCGCAUCCACCGCAUAGAAAACGGCUGGCACUACAUCUCCCCCCGGCUUACCUUCCCCUCUCUGACACAUCUCGUCGAGCACUACUCAGAAGUGUCUGAGGGCUUGUGCUGUCUGCUGAGAGAACCCUGCUUCAUUCAAGGUUCCAACAAUGUUCCGGUGGUCAGCGGUCCGCCUCCAGUAGCAGUCAGGAAGCCCACUCUGAACUGGAAAGAUGUCAGCAGCUCCAUGAUCUUUGGGCCUCAGAAGGAGGGGAUGGAGGAGUCACUUGUCAGCGAGGGCCUGAAAGAGGCUAUCAGCUCCUACCUUUACAUGACUGAGGAAUGCGGGGAAUGUAGCGGGAACUGGGACACAUGAGACGACCGAGUGUGAGGAAGGAGAACGAGCAGAGGACUGAACUCUUACGCACUACUACUGACAGCAGAGAGAAGCUGUGGAGCCGAAAUGCGGACAGAUUGAGCUCGGCGGGGAUGGACGCAGUGUAGUCCAGGCCUUUGGGCAGUGCAGGACAAAUUGAGACGGAUUACCUAGAGCCAGUGCCGGACCACAAGUACUCUGUGGUCCCGUAAAGACGACUGCUCAGUAGUUCAGUAGUGGUGUGACGAUCUUAGAGACGCCGCAUUUCUUUGAAGGUCCAAGUCGAUCUCUUACAGAUCGUCACUUUUGUUCCAGUGUGGGUGCUGGAGGUGUUCGCGUCACAGAUUUCUGUGUGGACUUUUUCCUUGGAGGCAUGAAAGAAAAAAGGAAACCGAGAGAGAGAGUGAGUGAGUGAGUGAGGGAGCGUGUGACAGAGAGAGAAGGCUGUGCUAGUGGGAGGGGGAAAGCAGCUGGUUUGGGCGAGCGCUCGUUUCCGCUGCUCUCGCACCUCCUGAGGCUCUUUUUCGGUUUACACCCUGCACCUGAGUUUUGGCGCCGUGGAUGCGAGAUUUCAGAGAGUCGAAGCACAAAGUGAAAGACUGAGAAGACUUUGAGACCCAUGAACUUUUUUCUUCCUAUUUUAUUUUUAUUUUUAUUUUUGACUGAUUUAUUAAAGAAUCUUCACCAAAGAUUGGAUCCAUGUUAGAUUUAACUGACAGAUCUUAUUUGAUGCUUUGUAAGCUUUGCAAAUACAGUACAUCUUUAAAUCCACCAUGUGUGUCGUGUAGGAUGUGGGCUGGGUUGUACAGCAUGUUUUGUGUUAAAGGCUGCUUGAAAAAGUGAAA